AUGGCAGAUUCAUUGAAAAAUUAUACUACAAAUAUCUAUGCACAUAUAUUAAGUUUCUUUAAGAAUUUAAAGAAAUUAAAUGUAGUUGAAUCAACUGAUGAAACGUAUCCACCUUUAUCACUCUGUGAUUUAUCGUUGAAUACAUUCUCCUCUUCAAUUCUUACUCAUUUGUAUAUCAAUGUGUACACUUUGAAUGAUUGCCUUUAUUUACUUGAUGGACGACUUCAGCAAUUGACAACAUUAUCUGUUCAUGUUCAUAUUAUAGAUGAUUCCUCAACAAUUGUCCAUAGCAAGGAUAUUUUACCUAAUUUGAAAUGCUUCUCAUUACAAACGUUCGACCGAUUUGAACAAUACAAUAAAAUUUUAUCACUUCUGCGUCGUAUGUUAUUUGUAGAAAGUUUAACUUUAUAUAUUCGUCUCAAAGAUCAAAAUAGAGUUAUUGAUGGCACUUCUAUUCAACAUGAUAUUCUUGAUAAUAUGCCUAAACUUCAAUUAUUCACUUUUUAUAUUGGAGCUGAUCUUGAUACAAUUGAUUUAUCAAACGAAGAUAUUCAAAAAACAUUGACGACUAUUGGACAAUCUGCAACUAGUACUCUCAAUCAUGAUAUUAGUAACAAAAUGAUGUAUUCGAUUUUCUCAUUGCCUUUUGCAUUCGUAACUAUUCGAGAACUUGGCAAUAGUUUUCCAGAUAUCUUAUUCAAUUCUGUUACAUCACUACUUGUUCGAGAUGCACAUGCAUUCAAGCAUGAAUUUUUCGUUCGAAUUGCUCGGUCAUUUCCACUACUGCGAUGGUUGUGUAUUGCUAAUUUUCAAUCACAAUCAUCAUAUGAUAUGAAUACAUUUACCAUUGAUAAUAAUCAAUCAUAUUCAAUAAUUGAAUAUCCUCAUCUAACGUCACUGGAUGUGACAUAUGCACAUAUCGAUUAUGCGAAACAAUUUUUAAAUGAAAGAAAGGCACUGGUACCAUGUUUAACGAAAUUAAACACUAAAUCAUAUGAUUGUGCUUGCAAACCAUCAUUUAAAAAAGAUCAAAUAGAAGUAAUGGCUAUCGAAAAUAAUUUCAUUGAUUCUCAGAAAGAUCAACGUCGAAUAGACUUAUUAAAUGAUGCAAAUUAUGGGAUUGUGCUUUGUUUUCUGGAUAAAUUUCGAUCUAUACUUGAUUUACCACAUUACCCACUACAACUUUUUGAAGAUCAUCUUAUAAAUUGUCAAGAACAAAAUCCAUCACGUCUUAUUGAUUUUCAUUUCAUUCUUCUCAAACGCUUAUCUUUAGCAAAAAAUGCUCAACGUGAUAAAUUUGAUUCAAUUAUUACUAAAUUUGUUUCACGAUUUGAUUCAAACGAUAGUGAACAAUUAGCAACAAUUGGUUAUUUACACAUUGAUAUAAAUCUUAAAGUUCGAAUUAUAAAAAAUUUAUUUGAAAGUCAAUUUGAUUUGAAUCAAACAUUCAAAAAUACAAUUAGUGAAAAAUCAUCAUGUAAUAUUAAAUCUCUACCAUUAGGUCGUGAUCGUUUUGGUGCUUCAUAUUGGUUUUUUAUGGAUAGUAAUUGUUUUGUACGAUUAUUUCGUGAAGAUGUUAAUAAUGAUCGAACAUGGACGAAUAUUGCUAAAAAUCGAGAAGAAUUGGAAAAGUUCAUUCAAUUGUUGAUUACUGAUUCGAUUGUACGAAAGAGAUUUCCUGAUUGGAUCAUUGAUUAUGAGCCAUAUUUAUCUUUAUUACCAACAAGUGAAUUUGAACAAUGCUAUUUAUCAAUCCGAGAUGAUGUUAGAGAUGAAGAGCUUGAAACAACUCCAGAUAAUAUUGAAAAUUCUGAUCUUUCAAAAGAUAAAGAUGAAUCAUCAUCAUCACCUGAAAUAUCAACAAAAAGAAAGCGUGGACGACCGAAACGUUCAACAGAAUCUAUAAUCGAAGUAAAUUGCACUGAAGUACAAAAAGAAACUGAAACAACAAUAGAUGAUGACGACGAAGAAUCUGAUGUAUUAAAAAAAAGUAAUUCUAGAAGUAGAAAACACAAAGUUACUACAGAAGAACAAGAAGUAUCUCUUGACGAUAUGAGUCUUGCAACACGUCGAUCAUCACGACUGCGACCAACGUCUGUAGUUACUCCUGACAGUACUUCUCAGUUAUCUGGUACGACACAAAAGCAUUUAAUAAAGACAAAAACAAAAAUUUCACCUACACUUCGUUCUCGUCGUCGACGUAAAAAACCAUCUCGACGAAAUAUGGAUGAUUAUUUUUGUUUAUCAACAUCAAGUUCAGACGAACAUAUCGAUGAUCUAACUGACGAUGAAUAUAAUUCUGAUGAUAAUCAAUAUUUAGUAGAUGUUGAAGAUCAUUUUUUUGAACUUGAUGAAGAUAAUAGUAGUAUGAAUGAUCAAGAAUUACGUACAGCUAAAACAGCACAUACAUCAACAAUAAUAACAACUUGUUAUAUCUGUUCAAAAAGUGAUCGACCAGAAGUUUUAUUAUUAUGUGAUGAUUGUAAUGAUGCAUAUCAUUUGGAAUGUUUAUAUCCUGUACUUUUAUCUGUACCUGAAGGUGAUUGGUAUUGUCCAUUAUGUGAACAAAAACAAUUAUCAACUUGUUUAAUGAAUCGAUUAAAAGAAUUAUUAAUUCAUUUUAAUACAGCUGAUACGAAAAAACAAAUACGAUCUACAAAAAAAUUAUUUCAACGAAAAAUUAAAGUCAAAGAAUAUAGUAGUGAUGAGAGUAUAACAGCAUCUGAAUCCGAUAACAAUGACGAUUCAAUGUUAUCAACUAGUCAAAUAAAUGAAAAUAGUAAUUUAUCAUCAAGUUAUUUUGAUGAUGAAAAGCAAAGUAUAAGUCAACGUGGUCGUCAUCGACGUACUCGGUUUGAUAUUAGAAAAAUGCUUGGUGAUGAAUAUAUUGAUGAUGAUGCUGAUGAUAAUAGUACAGAUAAAACAAAUUUUCAUUUACAAUUACCAAAAAAGAUAACUCGGUUACUUCAUCGUCAUGAUCGAUCAUUAAUAAAAAAUGAUUCACAAACCAGGACAUUACCAACACGUUUAUGUGAUACAUCAUUUGAUUUAAAUGAAAAACUUGGUUCACCACUUGUUUAUGUUAAUGCUGAUGAAAAUUCUCAUCAAACGAAAUCUGUUAUAACUAAUUCAAAACAAACAUUAAAAAUUGUACGUCGAUGGAAUGAUGUUCAACGACGUAGUCGACUUAAAGCAACAAACAUGAAAUUAGUCAAUGAAACAAUCGCAUCUGAUUAUAUCGAUGAGAAUUCUGGAUUUGCUACCGAUGAUAUAUCAUUACCAUAUUCGAAUGAUAGUAAUAGUAAUAGUGCAACAAAAGAUGAUGAUGGUACAAUUAAUCAUUCAAGAAUAACUUUAAUUCAACCAGCAAGUUUAGUCCCUAUUGAUAAAUUUUCAUCAAGAAAUAUUACAAAAAAAUCAGAUGCCAAUUUUGAUCGACUGACUCGAGAUAUACAAAAUGCAGUGGAUGAAGCACAUGUAUUACCAACAACAACAACAACUAAAGUCAUUAAUCACAAACAAGUCAAACGAAUUCAAAAAACAAUCUUUUCACCAUAUAUGUCUAAAACUCCAUUUCCAUCAUGUUUAUCUCAAUUACCAAAUGAUGCAUGUAAUAUUUUCAAAUCACAAGAUUCUUCCAUUGCAACUUCUGAUUCAAGUAUUAGUCUCAUACCUUCUUCGACAUCAUCAUCAGUACUUGAUAUAUCUGAUGAACUAACAACAUCGUUUAAAGAUACUUGA